CUUCUGAGAGACACCGGGGAGCAGAGGUCACAAAUCAAGAUAUGAGAGAACAGAGGCAGGGGCAUGGGAGUUCAGCCCUUCAGCCACAAAGACCCUUGCUUCAAGCAGAAAUGACCAGGUCCUUCCCAGGUAUUUUUACCAAGGCCAGAGGAAAGAGGCGCUUUCCUGCAGCAAACCUUGUUCCGGCCAAGAGAGCUAAACCCAUUGAAGUGGCUUUCUAUUUGCUGCCAAAGCCAUAUGAAAAAACUCCAAAAGAGCAGGAGCAAAUAGUCCAUAUGCAGGCAGGGUUGGGCCGUAGGACUACUCAUCUAGAUGAGAGCACAACACAUGAAGAGUUAUGUGAUGCCCUCAAAGUUCUAUUUCCAAAACUGGGGAAUGUUACUGGUGGAUGGCUGCUUUAUAAAGCUUCAGCUGGAUGGGGAAGCCGAAAACUCUCUGUUGUGCCUCCUGAAGAUAGUGGCUAUUCAGGCAGGUUGUUGAAGGCUAUGGGUCGUUGUGUUAAAAAUCUGUUCAUAGCCCCAAUUCAAGAAGAACUUAACACAGAUCCCCUACCACUCAAUGAUGAAGCAUUCAGGAGCAUGCCAAAAGCCACUUGUCAGAAAUGUGGAGUAGCAGUUCCCCUUCCACUCCUGACAGAACACAUCAAGUCUUGUGAUGUCAUUGAUGUUGACGAUAACCUGACUAAUGUGGACAGCGGUGAGCCUGAAGAGAGAAAAUCAGAUAUGCAGGAGUGUCCUGUCUGCGCAGAAAUGUUUGCCACUGAGUUUAUUGAGGUACACGCUUCAGCCUGCGGGGAAAGGGUGGUUUACUAUCAGUGACCCCACCAAGGCCAUAUCUCAGUGUGUGGACAACUAUCUCCGUAUGCAUAAAAUGGAGAGUCCCUUACUUCUCAGCAUGGACUUAAGAAGAAGUCCGGCUGAACAGGACAUGGCCCUUAUCUCCUUUUACAAACAACCUAAUGUGGAAUGGGGACGACCUCUGAAUUGCAGACUUGAAGGAGAUACAGCUAUUGGCCAGGGUGUAACUCGCUUUUUUUUCUCAACAUGCAUGGAAAAGCUGAAGUCUGGAUUUUGCAUCAAUUUUGGAAACGCCAAUGUUACACGGCUUUUCGAAGGAGAGCCUGGACAUUUAGUCCCCUCAGCCUCUCACUUUCUGGUUGAAAGUGACAUGUUCAUGGUGGCUGGGAGAAUGGUAGGCCACUCUUUUCUUCAUGGAGGACCAUGCCUGUCUGGACUCAGCCCUGCUAUUGUCCAUGUACUACUUGGUGGUAGUCCUGAAACUGCCACAGUUACACUGGAGGAUUGUCCAGACCUGGACAUAAGAGAAACAAUCAGGCUUCUUGAAGGGGAAUCCACACUGUCAGAGAAGGAUGCAGGAAGUGUCCAGGAAUUGGCCUAUGCCUGGGACCUCCCAUCCCUUACUGAGAAGAACAGGAGAUGGAUUUUUGAGAAGCUUCUGAUCCAUGCUGUGAUCGGCCGUGUCACAAGACAAAUAAAACAGUUUCGACGAGGUCUUAAAGAAACCUCAAUGUGGACAGUGCUGACCCAACGACCUGACACAGUGGCCUUGCUUCUACCAAAAGAGGGAGGUGGGAAUAUCAGCCCUGAGGUACUUCUUCAGCGAAUCACUUGGCCCUGUGAGGAUGACGAUGAUGAUAACGAUUAUUCAGUUGACACCAGAUGCCGCAUGACAGGCUAUCUUCGACAGUUCAUUGUGAAUGCAACACCAACUGAAUUGACUAAUCUGGUCAAAUUCUGGACCGGGUGGGAGAUUCUACCAACGAGCCCCUCUGUAGAGGUAGUCAUGGGCAGAUACCCCACAGCCUCCACCUGCUUCGAGACCUUACGCAUCCCAGGGCAUUACAAAGAUUAUAAAUCUUUUGAAAGGGACAUUCAGGCCUGUAUUUGCUCUUGCCAAACAGGAUUUGGCCUUGUGUGAGAGACAAGAUUUGAUCUUGUACUAAAUGUUGAUGUAACUUUGUUUGUUGGCUGUUAAAAAUGUUGACUGUUAUGCAACAAAUGUAAUUGAUGUUUAAAGAGUUAGCUGAAUUGUUAUACUUGCCCAGCCCUCACCAAAUUGAUACACUUGAUUAAGUGAUAUUGCUUGUUUUUUUGUUAGACACAUCUGAGGUUGAAAAAAGUUCCAUGUGUAAUCUCUACACUUGAACCAUUCAAAAAGGUGUAAACGUUAACUUGACUCCUGAUUUUAUUUUGUCACCGUUACAUCUGGAGGGCUUAAAUGCCCUUUGUAGUUUUACUAAAACAAAUGUCAAUUUCACAUACAUACAAUGGUGGUGUGCAUAAAGUUGCAGGAGGUUUUUGGCAACAUGUUCACUGUAAACAAUCUCUGCACUCAAAUAAAUCAUUAAUCCAGGAGUUAUGUGGACUUGACUGUUGUGGUUUCACUGUUACAGCUGAAGAAGAUGCAAGUUUUUGCAGUAUAUCAAAACAAAUGCCAAUUUUCAGCUUUCAC